AUGGCUCUGCAGAUCUACAGAGCAAAACAAAACUGGGUAGCCUACCAUACACACAUUUUGCCACAGGGUGUUAGAGAAGAAGUAAGGGACACCGUUAAGAAAGAAACCAAUCUUAAACGGACUGAAUUUCCAAAAGAGGUGAAGGAAACAAAGGCAGAAUUUUUAAGAAAGUUCAUCACUCAUUUAUUGGGACCGAGAAGAAGACGAAGGAAUUUUUACCACAAAGAAGAACACUGCCCGGAAUGGUGGAGAAGAACAGGCGUGCCGUUCGUGUCUGUAAAUCACCCACCUAGAGGAGUUGGCAGGAUGAAAAUAGAGUCCUUGAGAAAGCUCUAUGAAAGCGCGAAGAGGGAAAAGGAAAGGAUUGCUGCCUUCACGGCAGUAUCUGCCGAAAAACCUUCAGCUUCAGCGGCAAAUGAAUCUACCUCUGCACCGCAGCCUUUAACUUCACAGGGUACUUCACAAUGUAAGCCACGACCUGGCAGGCCAGCUCUGCCAGGCUUAAAAGCUAAAGCUAAGGCAGAAAGACCGCCCUGGCGACACUGAAGAUGGAAUUCGACCAGUCUGACUUCAGCUUUACCGACUUCAGUGUGGGAGGAGUUUACGUCACUGCAAAAACUCCCAAUGGCGUGGUUAGGUACCCAAGUAACUACAGGUACAAGAUGCAAUCACCACAAACCACCGCGGAAAAUUUAGCGCAGGAACUGAUCGAAAAAUGGAAUGUUUAAAUAUUCAAAAGUGAACGAUUUUCUCGUGAAGCACGCUUCAUGAAGUACACUUAUUAACGAUAAAUUUGGAUGUUGGACUUUAGAAUGAACACCAGUAUAAAUGUGUUAAAUCAAUCAAAUACAAUCUCACUAAAAUAAUAGAAAAUUUGACGAUAUUCAUACAGUUGUUUAGUAUUUCUCCGCGCAGUGUUGUCUAGUUUUUGAUAUUGUUAAUUGUUAUGUAUACUAUAAUAAAUG